AGCCGCCGGCCGCGGCGGGCAGCGACGGCGAGGAGGGCGGCGGCGCCGCGCCGGGGCCCGCGCGCCGCGACUUCGUGGAGGCGCCGCCGCCCAAGGUGAACCCCUGGACGCGGCACGCGGCGCCGGGCCCCGCCGUGAACGGGCAGCCGCCGCCAGAGCAGUCUGCUCCAGCCAAGGUGGUGAGAGCAGCAGUUCCUAAGCAGCGCAAGGGCAGUAAGGUCGGUGACUUUGGAGAUGCCAUCAAUUGGCCCACACCUGGAGAGAUAGCUCACAAGAGUGUGCAGCCACAGUCUCACAAGUCUCAGCCUGCCCGGAAGCUGCCCCCGAAGAGGGACAUGAAAGAGCAGGAGAGAGGAGAGGGGAGUGACAGCAAGGAGAGCCCGAGGGCCAAGUCGGACGAGUCGGGGGAGGAGAGAAUCGGGGACGAGGACUGCCAGAGAGCAGGGCAAAAGAAGAGAGGGAACAAGCACAGGUGGGUCCCGUUGCACAUAGACAUGAAGCCAGAGGCGCCCCGAGAGAAGCCGGCCUCGCGCCCCGCCCGCGGGGAGCUGAAAGGGUCCGAGCCCACCGCCUUCACGCCCAUGCCUGUGGCGCCCCCCACCCCAGCCUGGCCACCAGAGACCAAAGCGGACCCGGCCUGGCCUGACCAGGAUGAGACCGCGAGCGUGAAGAGCGACGGGGCUGGUGGGGCGCGGGCUUCCUUCCGUGGCCGUGGACGGGGGCGUGGUCGCGGCCGGGGUCGCGGCCGGGGUGGCACUCGAACCCAUUUCGACUACCAGUUCACCUACCGGAAGUUUGAUGGUGCAGAGGGUCCCCGGGCCCCUAAGUACAUGAACAACAUCACUUACUACUUCGACAACGUCAGCAGCACCGAGCUGUACAGCGUGGACCAGGAGCUGCUCAAGGAUUAUAUCAAGCGGCAGAUCGAGUACUACUUCAGCGUGGACAACCUAGAGCGUGACUUCUUCCUGCGGAGGAAGAUGGACGCAGCCGGCUUCCUGCCCAUCACCCUCAUCGCCUCCUUCCACCGAGUGCAGGCCCUCACCACUGACAUCUCCCUCAUCUUUGCUGCCCUGAAGGACAGCUCGGUGGUGGAGAUUGUAGACGAGAAGGUACGCCGGCGGGAGGAGCCAGGGAAGUGGCCUCUGCCCGGGCCCCCGAUCGUGGACCACUCGCAGACAGACUUCUCCCAGCUGCUCAACUGCCCUGAGUUCGUGCCCCGCCAGCACUUCCAGAAGGAGACAGAGUCAGCCCCCGGCUCUCCCCGCGCGGUCACCCCAGUGCCAACGAAAACCGAGGAGGUGAGCAACCUGAAGACGCUCCCCAAGGGUCUGUCCGCCAGCCUGCCUGAGCUGGACUCCGAGAACUGGAUUGAGGUGAAGAAGCGGCCCCGGCCCUCCCCGGCCCGGCCCAAGAGGUCCGAGGAGCCCAGGUUCCUCCACCCCACGUCCCUGCCACAGCCGCCACCCUCACAGCAGCCACCGGCACGUGACCAGGAUGAGCAGGAGGAGUUGGACUUCCUGUUCGACGAGGAGAUGGAGCAGAUGGAUGGGCGGAAGAACACCUUCACCGCCUGGUCCGACGAGGACUCCGACUAUGAGAUCGAUGACCGUGAUGUCAACAAGAUCCUCAUUGUCACCCAGACGCCACCCUACAUGCGCCGGCACCCGGGUGGUGACCGCACUGGCAACCACACAUCCAGGGCCAAGAUGAGCGCUGAGCUGGCCAAGGUCAUCAAUGACGGGCUCUUCUAUUACGAGCAGGACUUGUGGACUGAGAAGUUCGAACCCGAGUACUCACAGAUCAAGCAAGAGGUGGAGAACUUCAAGAAGGUCAACAUGAUCAGCCGCGAGCAGUUCGACACCCUGACCCCCGAGCCUCCUGUGGACCCCAACCAGGAGGUCCCUCCAGGGCCACCCCGCUUCCAGCAAGUCCCCACUGAUGCGCUGGCCAACAAGCUGUUUGGGGCCCCUGAGCCCUCCACCAUCGCCCGCUCGCUCCCGACUACUGUCCCCGAGUCACCAAACUACCGCAACGCCCGCACGCCCCGCACGCCCCGCACACCGCAGCUCAAGGACUCGAGCCAGACGCCCCGCUUCUACCCCGUGGUGAAGGAAGGGCGCACGCUGGACGCCAAGAUGCCUCGGAAAAGGAAGACCAGGCACAGCUCCAACCCACCCCUGGAGAGCCACGUGGGCUGGGUGAUGGACUCGCGUGAACACCGGCCCCGGACGGCCUCCAUCAGCUCCAGUCCCUCCGAGGGGACACCGGCAGUGGGCAGCUACGGCUGCACCCCGCAGUCGCUGCCCAAGUUCCAGCACCCGUCCCACGAGCUGCUCAAGGAGAACGGCUUCACCCAGCACGUGUACCACAAGUACCGGAGGCGUUGCCUCAACGAGCGGAAGCGCCUGGGCAUCGGCCAGUCUCAGGAGAUGAACACCCUGUUCCGCUUCUGGUCCUUCUUUCUUCGUGACCACUUCAACAAGAAGAUGUACGAGGAGUUCAAGCAGCUGGCCCUGGAGGACGCCAGAGAAGGCUACCGGUACGGUCUGGAGUGCCUUUUCCGAUACUACAGUUAUGGCCUGGAGAAGAAGUUCCGGCCGGACAUAUUCAAGGAUUUCCAGGAGGAGACAGUGAAGGAUUGCGAAGCUGGCCAGCUCUACGGGCUGGAGAAGUUCUGGGCCUUCUUAAAGUAUUCCAAAGCCAAAAAUUUGGACAUUGACCCUAAACUUCAAGAAUACCUCGGCAAAUUCCGCCGUCUGGAAGACUUCCGGGUAGAUCCCCCCAUGGGUGAGGAGGGCAACCACAAGCGACACCAGGUGGUGCCAGGAGGUGGCAGCAGUGAGGGCCGGAAGCGGUGUCCCUCACAGUCCUCCAGCCGGCCUGUCCCCGGGGGCAGCCAGCCGCCCCCACCACCCGCCAGCCAGCCUGUCCGGGAAGAUGCCAAAUGGACAAGCCAGCACGCGGAGGCUCAGACUUUGGGAAAGUGAAACUCCCCCUUCAGCCCUGGGGGUGGGAGCGUGGGGGGAGGGAGGAGAGGAGGGGUGCCAGAGUCCAUGGAGCGACCAGUUCCAGGAGCCGGAUCGGAAUGGACAGGCCUGGAGCUAUGGGAGUGGGCGGCCGCGGGGCACCCUGGGUUCCGAGCCCCUGCAGCCCUCUCCACAGCCCCCUCACGAAGCCGCCUCCUGGCUUCCUGGGGUGGGCAGGGAGAGUCUUUUAUAUCUAUAUAUAUAUACAUAUAUAUAUAUCAAGUUUUAAAUUAUUGAUCGUCUGUCUGGAUCACCAAAAUCACCCCGUAGCCCUGCCCACGGCUGCUGAGCUGCUCCGCCCACGGCCUUGCCUGCUCUCGGAGUGAUCACGCAGCCCCGUCCAGCACUGCCCAGGGCCUGGCACCAGCCCCCGACACUGGGGCUCUGUCCACUCGCCCUGCCUGCCGCUGGCCGCACCCUCCUACCAUCCUCUGGGGGAAGGAAACCAAAGCAUCUCACCGUGGGGCCGGGAAGGCUCUGCCUCCAACCCCCGCCCCGCCCCGCCCCAAGAGGCGCUGCUGGAACCAGAAAGACUGUUGAGAGAUUCGUUUUAUUUUACUCUGACCUUCCCGAUCCUUGGAAAAAUGGAAAAAAAAAAAAAAAAGACAAAAA